AUGGAGAGUGUAUUGAUGAAAUCAAUCAAUAUUCGUGUAUAUGCUUACUUGGAUGGACUGGUACGAACUGUGAAACAGAUAUUGAUGAAUGUUAUGAAGAGACAGAUGAAUGUGAUGAUAAUGCCAUCUGCCAAAACACUAAAGGAAAUUAUACGUGUACAUGCAUCGAUGGACAUAGAGGAAAUGGUUUCAACUGCUAUGGUAAUACUGUUCCCGUUUGGUAUUGAGGUUGAAGAUAACAAGUUACGACUAACGUACCAUAAGGCAGUAACAGACUCUACAGCAGAUGGACGAAUUACUCGUGAUACAGCACAAAACCUGUAUGAUUUGAUAUCGCCGACUAUAAAACCUCCUGUCGGUUUUCCAUUUAUGGGUCAAUUCUACUACACGGGAACUAUUACCUGGACACCAGUAAAUACAACACAAAUAGUCUUUCAAGUCCAAGCCUCAGAUGGCAAAGCAGUAGCGGCGUACAAACCAGUGGUUCAGAUAUGUGAUUGUAAGAAUAAUGGAACGUGCCUAUUUGACACUAGUGUCGGAGAAAGCGAUGAAGUGAAUUCAAAGUUUAAGGUUGUAGCGUGCAGUUGUUCUGAAGCAUACAGUGGUUCCUUCUGUGAAACUGAUUACGAUGGUUGCUUGGAUGACCCAUGUUUUCCUGGUGUUAAAUGUACUGAUGUUGAGGCUCCAGGUUUCGGUGCUGUAUGUGAGGAAUGUCCUUAUGGACUUUAUGGUGAUGGUAAAAAAUGCUAUGACAUUGACGAAUGUUUUGAAGAAAGGGAUCUGAAUGACACAAGGCAGUUCUGUCAGCAAGAGUGUAUAAAUACAGUUGGAAGUUACAAUUGUGGCUGCUAUUCAGGAUAUGUAUCAUAUAAUCGUACUCACUGUAAAGGGAUGGUAACUAAUGAAUCAUCAUUAUUUACAUAUCGUGUCGGUGAGUCCUGGGAAUUGUUCAAUUAUCCAGAUUUCACUCCAUACUUCAUUGAUGAGUUAAUAGAUAAGUUUGAAGAAAAAGAUAAAGACUUUCUAAACAUGACACGCACUGCAUGUGACAAUAACAUAGAUUGCGUCUAUGACACGUUGGCAACCAGGGCAAUGGAGAUUGGACUGUACACUAAAACCAAAUCAACUGUUUUUGAAGAAAGUGCAGCACAGCUAGUAAAUUAUCCACCUCGUGUGAAUGGAACUGACGUGUUGCGAGCAGAAGUCAAUAAAUCUACAACAAUACAACUCACCGCUGAAGAUCCAAAUGGCGAUUUAGUGAAGUUUAGGUUUCUAGAAGAAAUAGAUGGAGCUGAGAUCGGGGAAGAGAAUAUCAAUGAAUGUAGUGACCAACAAUUAUUUGAGUGUCCAAACAAUGCUCACUGUGUCAAUACUAUGGGAUCAUAUAUAUGCACAUGUGAUGAUGGAUACAAGCAAUAUGUCAGAAAUAAUACAUGCAUAAAUGUAAAUGAAUGCAUUGAAAUAUCAUCACCUUGUCCGGAAUAUAGUACAUGUGAAGAUACUGAAGGUGGACAUAAAUGUAUAUGCCUUACAGGAUUCGAGAAAAAUUCCACGGGUUAUUGUGAAGACAUAAAUGAGUGUACUCUAUCAUUAUCUGAUGAUGAUCGUCAUAAUUGUAAUAUUCAAGCCAGUUGUCACAAUAUACCUGGUAGCUUCCAGUGUACAUGUAAUGAAGGAUGGCAUGGAGAUGGUGAAACAUGUAAAGAUAUCAAUGAGUGUGAUGAUGUGUACUUGAAUGAUUGUGAUCCACAGAAAGCAAAGUGUUCAAACACACUUGGUAGUUAUACAUGCACAUGUAUUGAUGGAUAUGAGGGAAAUGGAACCAUUCGCAGUUGUACCAAUAUUGAUGAAUGUGAAAGAAAUACGCACUCAUGUGAAGAUAAUUCAAUCUGUAGCAACCUGAUUGGUUCAUUCAAGUGUAUUUGUGUUGAUGGUUAUGUAAUGAACUCAAAUGACAUAUGCGAAGAUGGAAAUGAAUGUCUUCUUUCUAGUCAAAAUGAUUGCAACCCGUCAAAUAACAUAUGUGAAAACACAGAUGGUAGUUAUGUCUGUCUAUGUAAACUUGGAUACACUGGAGAUGGAAAUAAUUGCACUGAUAUUAAUGAAUGCACAGUAGACAAUGGAGGAUGUGAACACACAUGUGUAAAUACAGAGGGGAAUUAUUAUUGUACAUGUAAUGAUGGAUAUGAAAUAGAUGUCGGUGGUUUCAACUGCAAAGAUAUCGAUGAGUGUAUUCUUGAAACACACACCUGUCCACAGAACUGCACCAAUACAGAAACAACCAAUGACAAUGUUGUUGGAUAUGUAUGUUCAUGUGUUGAUGGAUUCAUGGAUCAGGGAACAACGGGUCGCGAUUGCAUUCCUGAGGAGACUUGUGCAAAUAACAGCUGUGUAAAUGGAAUAUGUUAUGUGCUUGACGGAGUUCAACAAUGUCAAUGUGAGCAAGGAUAUGAGUUGGAUGCAGCAGACCAGAAUACAUGUUUACAAAUUGAUGAAUGUGAUCGUGGUACAGAUAUGUGUUAUCAUAACUGCCACGACGAGACACCUGGAUAUCGUUGUUCGUGUCGUGAAGGAUAUACAUUAGAUGUUGACGACAGAUCAUGCUCAGAUAUUGACGAGUGUAUUGGUAGAAUGCACAACUGUACAGCACUAGAAGAGUGUAUUAAUACUGAUGGAGGUUUCAAAUGUGUUUGUAUUCCUGGCUAUGGUUCUGACAGUGGAAUAUGUGAAGAUGUUGAUGAAUGUCAGAGUAACACUUCCAUGUGUCACGUGAAUGCCACGUGUACAAAUACCAUUGGUCAGUAUGAAUGUGAUUGUAACGCUGGAUUUAGCGGUAAUGGUGUAAUAUGUACAGACAUUAAUGAAUGCAUUGAUGACCCAUGUCCAGCUCAUUCAGAAUGUAGCAACACUGUUGGCAACUAUACGUGUACUUGUGAUACCGGUUUUGAAAUAGAUGGUAAUGACUGCAAUGAUAUAAAUGAAUGUAAUAAUGUAAGCUGUGACGCAAUGGCUGAUUGUGUGAAUACUAUCGGUUCUUAUUACUGUGAGUGUAUUGCUGGUUAUGAAGAAGAUGAACACAACACCUGUAAUGACGUCAAUGAGUGUGUGUUAGAAAGAGACAGCUGUGAUGUCAACAGUGAAUGUCAGAACACACCAGGAUCGUAUAUAUGUGAUUGCAAUGAUGGUUAUUCAAUUGAUGACCCCUUAUCUUGCCAAGAUAUUAAUGAGUGUUUAAAUAAACCAUGUGAUGAGAAUGAACGAUGUGUCAACAACCCUGGUAGCUACCAAUGUCAGUGUAAACCAGGAUACUACAAGGAGGAUGACAAAUGCAAAAAAUCCAAAGCGUUUAAUGUGUCCAUGAUACUUACAUCAGUCGGAGACAUCAAUAUUGUAGAUUUCAAUGAUGACCUGAUUUCAACAAGUUCUGAACUGUAUACUAUUAUAACGACCACAAUAGAAGAUGAUAUGGCAACACUGUUUUCAAAUUCAGAAAUAUCCUCUGAUUAUUUGAGCACAAUAGUAGUUGUAUAUGAAGAUACAGAUGGUGGAACAUUGGUACGAUGUCUUGUUAACACGAAAAGCGCAUCCUCAAUAACAUCUGAUGAUCUGCUAUCGGCUUUUACUGUUGGUCUAGCAGAGGAUGGAACACUGGUUGGGAUUUCAACUUAUAUACGUCAAAACUCGUUUAAAAGUGAUGAUAUCAUCAUCAACCACUGUUUGGACGCCACCGAUACUUGCGUAAAAGGUGAAGUCUGUGUUUUCACUGGAAACAAUGUUUAUGACUGUGAAUGUGCACCUGGUUAUAGUGUGGCUGCUUCAUCAGGGAAAUGUAUAGACAUUGACGAGUGUAUAGAUGAACCAUGUGAUUCAGAGUAUCAAUGUAUAAACACUGCAGGCAGUUAUAAAUGCACAUGUCUUCCUGGAACAUUCAAUACAAGUGGAAAAUGUGAAAAUUCCAAAACAUUCAAAUCUGACAUGAAAGUCAUUGAAGCUUACCGAGAUGAGUAUGACGACACGUCAUCUGCAGGUUAUAAGGAAAUAACAAGACGAUUUACUGAGGCGAUGAGAAUUGCUCACACUGACACUACUAAGACAAGAACUGAUUAUCUAGGCUGCCAUGUACAAAAGCUAAGCCGUGGCAGUGUUAAUAUAGAAUAUAUAUUAUAUUUUAAAAAAGAUACAGAUAUAAAUGUGUCAGAUUUGGAAGACGUUCUCGCCAAUUAUAAUGAGAUGAUUGAUGUCACAUCUAGUACCAAGGUGGUGUUUAAAGAUAGCACUCUUCUCAUGCAAGAAUAUACUCCAAAAGCAUGUGACAGUGAUGUCACACAUGACUGUAGUGUUGAUGCCACUUGUAUAGAUGUAGUAGACAGAUUCUAUUGUGAUUGUAAUAGUGGAUAUGAAGACGAAUCUCCUGAAAGGCCAGGAAGGAUUUGUACAGAGAUAUGUCCUAAUACGUACUGCAUCAAUGGAGGAACUUGUGUUGGAGACAAUAUCGCAGAACGUAAAUGCGAGUGUCCAACGGGUUACGUAGGAGAUAUAUGUGAAAAGUCGACAAGUUAG